AUGGCUUCCAAUGGAUCCGGCCCAACAGCGCGUUUGGCUGGCAUCACUGCCAGUCUCAGGGCGCAGAACGAACCUAGUGGUGAUUUUGGUCUCAUUGGCCUGGCUGUUAUGGGCCAGAACCUGAUCUUGAACGCUGCUGACCACGGUUAUACUGUUGUUGCCUUCAAUCGAACCGUUUCGAAGGUCGAUCGCUUCCUUGAGAAUGAGGCCAAAGGAAAGUCUAUUGUCGGAGCUCACUCCAUUGAGGAGUUCUGCUCGAAGCUCAAGAAGCCACGUCGAAUGAUGCUGCUAGUCAUGGCCGGCCCUGCUGUAGAUGACUUCAUUGAGAAGCUUCUGCCGUACUGCGAUCCUGGCGACAUCAUCAUCGAUGGCGGCAACUCUCACUAUCCGGACUCUAACCGCCGAACCCGGUACCUCGCCUCAAAGGGUAUCCGUUUCGUUGGAACAGGUGUUUCCGGUGGCGAGGAAGGUGCUCGAUACGGACCGUCCUUGAUGCCCGGUGGUAACGAGGAGGCCUGGCCAUUCAUCAAGGAUAUCUUCCAGGAUAUUGCGGCCAAGUCAGAUGACGAACCAUGUUGUGACUGGGUCGGUGACGAGGGUGCUGGUCAUUACGUCAAGAUGGUCCACAACGGUAUCGAGUAUGGCGACAUGCAACUUAUCUGCGAGGCUUACGACAUCAUGAAGCGUGGUCUCGGCAUGACCUACCCAGAAAUGUCCGAAACCUUUGCUACCUGGAACAAAGGCGUACUCGACUCGUUCUUGAUUGAGAUCACCCGUGAUGUUCUUGCUUUCAACGACGAUGAUGGCAAGCCACUCGUUGAGAAGAUCCUCGAUUCUGCUGGCCAGAAAGGUACUGGCAAGUGGACUGCCAUCAACGCUCUAGAUCUCGGCAUGCCCGUCACUUUGAUCGGCGAAGCCGUUUUCUCUCGUUGCCUGUCUUCCCUCAAGGAAGAGCGAGGCCGAGCCUCAAAAGUCCUUCAAGGUCCUAAGCCAUCCUUCUCUGGAGACAGAAAGGAAUUUUUGGCCAACCUUGAACAAGCUCUCUAUGCAUCAAAGAUCAUCUCAUACGCCCAAGGUUUCAUGCUCAUUCAAAAUGCUGCCAAGGAAUACAAGUGGAAGCUGAACAAGCCAUCCAUCGCCCUCAUGUGGCGCGGUGGUUGCAUUAUCCGAUCUGUGUUCUUGAAGGACAUCACCUCGGCUUACCGCGAGAACCCAGACCUUGAGAACCUGCUCUUCAACGACUUCUUCAACAAGGCUAUUCAUGAUGCACAGCCAGGCUGGCGAGACGUCAUUGGCAAGGCUGUUGCAUGGGGUAUCCCAACACCUGCGUUCAUGACUGCUCUGGCCUUCUACGACGGAUACCGAGCUAAGGACUUGCCAGCUAACUUGCUUCAAGCUCAACGAGAUUACUUCGGUGCUCACACCUUCCAAGUCAAGCCAGAGUAUGCCAACGAGAAAUACCCAGAAGGCGCCUACACUCACGUCAACUGGACCGGUCGUGGCGGCAAUGUGUCUGCUUCCACAUACAAUGCCUAA